AUGCAUGUUAGUGACAAUUUGUUAAUCAACAAUGAUGUUCUUCGAGCUAUUGGCCAAGGCUGUCGUUCUUUGCAACUUUUAAAUUUGUCAAUGUCUAAUCGUGCGGUUACUGAUACGGGUUUACGCCAUUUGGCGUCAUUAAGUUCGCUUAAUGAAUUACGCUUAACUGGACAUAGAGCUUUGACUGAUGAAACUCUUAUUGAAAUUGCUAAUCAAGGAAAGUUGAAGGUAGGGGAAAACAUGUUUUUUUCGAAUUCUGAUUUUGUUUGGAGUAUUUUGUUGUCCUGUGGUUUUUAUUUUGUUCGUUUUAAAUAUUCUGGUUUUUGUCGUGAAUUUGUUUUGCUUUUUGAAAAUGUUGUGUUUUUAUUAAAAAAUUCUGAUUUUUAUGUUGUUUUUAAAUUCUGA